AUGUAUAGCAAAUUUAUUAUUUGUUUGUCUAUUGGCAUUAUUGGACUAAUUAUUAACACUGAAUCAAAGUCGACACCUGUAAUUCUGACUACAAAAGGACCAGUGCAAGGAGAAGUUUUAAACACCGCAAUAAAUUCUGUUCUCUAUUCAUCAUUCAAAGGUAUUCCGUAUGCUGAACCUCCUUUAGGUUAUUUAAGAUUCAAGCCUCCCAUUGAAAAAAAGCCAUGGUCAAACAUAUUGCCCACUGUAAUAGAAGGUGCUAACUGUCCUCAAAAAGAUUUUGUUUACACUACUGAGUAUACAGGUUCAGAAGACUGCUUAUAUCUAAACGUUUAUACUCCCAAGUUGCAGUUUAAUGAUACCGCAAGUGAUUUACUGCCUGUAAUGGUAUGGAUUUACGGAGGUUCCUUCAAAUCUGGAUAUGGAAACAGUUCUUUGUAUGGACCUGAUUAUAUUAUAGAAGAAAAUGUUGUUCUAGUAACGUUCAAUUAUCGACUAGGUCCUUUAGGAUUUUUAAAUUUGAAUCACGAUAACGCAACAGGAAAUGCAGCUCUUAAAGACCAAAAUUUAGUUUUACGCUGGGUCAAUGCAAAUAUUGAGAAAUUCGGAGGUAACCCUAAGGAUGUAACACUUUUCGGACAAAGUGCUGGUGGAGUAGCAGUCGAUCUUCACGUACUAUCAAGCUUAUCACAAGGAUUAUUUCAUCGAGCAAUAUCAAUGAGCGCUUCCCCUCUAUGUCCUUGGGCUUUCCAAACGCCCGAAGCCUCAGUUUCACAAGCAUUCGACUUAGGCAGAAGGUUAGGAAAAACAACUAAAAGUGCCGAUGAAUUAUUAAAAACUCUUUACAACACCUCUGCUAUCGAAAUGAUGAAAAUAACCAACGAUAUGGGAUUCGUGAAUCCGCCAUUCCAGCCAACUAUAGAAAGCACAACAGUUGCUCAAGAUCAAGAAAAAUUUUUAACAGAAUGUCCGUAUGCGAAAUAUCUUUCUGAUCAGUUUAGCAAAAUUUCUUACAUAACGGGCUUCACAUCGAAUGAGACCUUACUUUUUGCUGAAACUGCUGAAAAAUUUUUGGAUGCCGUAACAUUUGCGACAAACGUUGUCAAAUCCGCCCCGAGUAAAAUUCCAAUUCCAUUGCCAGGCAGUAAGAAAAUUCUUGGUGUUCUCACCAAGGAAGUCAAAUCUCUUUCGAAUUUCGCAGUUGAUGAAGUGAUAAAGGAAACUUCGGAUGUUAUAUUUGUAGCAGGGAUAGAUUAUAAGCGAAAAUUACUACAGGAACGCUCUGGUCAUCCAGUAUACUUAUACCGUUUUGCUUAUCAAUCUGAUGACUCACUACAUAAACAACUUUAUAACAUUGACAUUAAUGGUAAUAUAAGAUUUUGUAACCCAACGCCGGAGGGUGGAAAUGAUACGUUACUGCAAGGUUUAACGUGGUCUAUUACAAAAAAACACAAUAGCUAUUUAGAAAUUGAGAAAAAUCUCUCAAUUCAGCAAGAUUUUCCAAAGCAUGUAACAACUAACCUUGUUGAAGCAGCAGAUGUAGUAAUAUUACCUCUUCAAACUGGAUGCAUCGGCGAUUUUGCGAAAAAAAUAAUUAACGUGAAACCAUUUACUGACGAAGUUAAGUCAAUUGGAAGCACGAUUAAAAAUACCUCACAAGCAAUAUUUUCUAAAAUACCAAUUAUAGGUUGA